GUCACCGCCGGGGCCGGGCGGGAGUGCAGGGGACCUGAGAGCGAGGGUCGGGACAUGGGGCCCUCCAGCCCCGCUGCCCGAGGUCCGGGUGGCCGCCGGGGCCCGCCGCCGCUGCCGCUGUUGCUGCCACUGUUGCUGCUGCUGCUGCUGCGCGGGAGUCUGGCCGGUGGGAGCCCCGGCGCGGCCGAGGCUCCCGGGUCGGCCCAAGUGGCAGGAAUAUGUGGCCACCUAACCCUGCACCGAGACCUGCGCACCGGCCGCUGGGAGCCGGACCCGCAGCUCUCCCGACGCUGCCUCCGAGACCCGCAGCGUGUGCUGGAAUACUGCAGACAGAUGUACCCGGAGCUGCAGGUGGCCCGCGUGGAACAGGCGACACAGGCCAUCCCUAUGGAACAGUGGUGUGGGGGUGCGCAGAGUGGCCACUGUGCCCAUCACCACCAUGAGGUUGUGCCUUUCCGCUGCCUACCCGGUGAAUUCGUAAGCGAAGCCCUCCUGGUUCCUGAAGGAUGCCGCUUCCUACACCAGGAGCGUAUGGACCAGUGUGAGAGUUCAACCAGGAGGCACCAGGAGGCACAGGAGGCCUGCAGCUCCCAGGGCCUUAUCCUGCAUGGCUCAGGCAUGCUCCUGCCCUGUGGCGCCGAUCGCUUUCGAGGUGUGGAGUAUGUGUGCUGUCCUCCUCCUGUGACUUCCGAUCCAUCUGGGGCAGUAGGCGGGGACCCCUCGACCCGGUCCUGGCCCCCAGGGAGCAGAGUAGAGGGGGGUCAGGAUGAGGAAGAGGAGGAAUCCUUCCUACAGCCAGUCGAUGACUACUUCGUGGAGCCCCCAGAGGCUGAAGAUGAAGAAGAAGAGGAGGACAGGGUUUCCCCCUCUACCGCAAGCUCCCAUACUCCCGCGGGGGUCAGCAAAGUGACUCCUACCCCAAGGCCCACAGAUGGAGUGGACGUGUACUUUGGCAUGCCAGGAGAAAUCAGUGAGCAUGAGGGGUUCCUGCGGGCCAAGAUGGAUCUGGAGGAACGUCGGAUGCGCCAGAUUAAUGAGGUGAUGCGUGAAUGGGCCAUGGCAGACAACCAGUCCAAGAACCUGCCUAAAACUGACAGACAGGCCCUGAAUGAGCACUUCCAGUCGAUUCUGCAGACCUUGGAGGAGCAGGUGUCUGGAGAGCGACAGCGCCUGGUGGAGACUCAUGCCAAGAGAGUCAUCGCACUCAUCAAUGACCAGCGUCGAGCUGCCCUGGAAAGCUUCCUGGCAGCUCUGCAGGGGGACCCACCUCAGGCAGAGCGUGUCCUGCUGGCCCUGCGGCGCUACCUGCGAGUGGAGCAGAAGGAGCAGAGACACACGCUGCGCCACUACCAGCAUGUGGCUGCCGUGGAUCCUGAGAAGGCCCAGCAGAUGCGCUUCCAGGUCCAGACUCACCUGAGAAUAAUCGAGGAGAGGAUGAAUCAGAGCCUGGGGCUUCUUGACCAGAACCCUCACCUGGCUCAGGAACUGCGACCCCAGAUUGAGGAGCUUCUCCGCUCUGAACACCUGGGUCCCAGUGACUUGGAUGCACCUGUCUCAGGGGGUAGCAGUGAGGACAAGGGUGGGCUGCCAUCUGUGGAGUCCAAGGACGCAGAGUCCUCCACGGUCUUUCCAAAAGGGUCCACAGAACAAGAUCCUGCCUCCCCCGAGAAAGAGAAGCCAUCCCCAUCCGAGCAGAAUGAGCGAAAGGUGAAUGUGUCUGUUCCAAGGGGAUUUCCUUUCCAUUCAUCGGAGAUUCAGAGAGAUGAACUGGCACCCGCGGGGACAGGCGUGUCCCGAGAGGCUGUGUCGGGUCUGCUGAUCAUGGGUGCAGGCGGGGGCUCCCUGAUCAUUCUCUCCCUGCUGCUCCUGCGAAGGAAGAAGCCCUACGGGACCAUCAGCCAUGGGGUGGUGGAGGUGGACCCCAUGCUCACCCUGGAGGAACAGCAGCUACGGGAGCUACAGCGUCACGGCUAUGAGAACCCCACCUACCGCUUCUUGGAGGAACGACCCUGAACCUCUCCCCACCACCCCCAUCCCUGCGGCCAAGCCCAGACCUUCCCUCUUCCUGGAGCCCUCCAGCAUCCCACAUUCUAACCUGGGGGAAGGGACACCAAAAAGUUUCAUUUCACACCCUUUCAAGGGGGGACUGACUUUCCCCUUUUCCAAUUCCAAAUGGCAUCCUGAAAAAAAAAAAUCUCCAGGUAUUCCCAGCUGCUCCCCCGCUUGGCACCUCCUGUCUUUAAUUUAUCUCGUAACUUAAUUUAUUGUUCUUUAAGGUGACCGCCAGCUGGGUCCCAGUGUCUGUUGUUCCCUGGAAUUCACUGUCCCACUUUGUCCCCCACUAACAUCCAAUAAAGCCUUUUUCCCCACCA